UUUAAUUUUAUUUACAGCCCACCUUUCUCACUGAGACUCAAGGCAGAUUACAGAAUAUAAAGCUCCAAUUAACAUUACAGUAGGCAUAGAAUUCUAAAAUUGGACAAUGCAACAUUUUAAAAAUCUAAGGCAUACCAUGGCAUAAUAAAGUGGGUAAGAAAAAUAGAAAUCAAUGCAAUAGAAAGUGAAUAUUUGCUAGUGUUCAUUUCCUGUGCUGCCAAGGAUACUUUAUUGACUUGCCUUAUUACAAAACUUACUAAAAAUGCAUCAUUAACAGAUAAUACCCAGCUGUGAAGGGGGGGAAAGCAUCACACUCCACACCGCCCACCUCCAUCCCCCCUCCGGCCAAUUUUAAUUUCUAUGACUCCUUUGGGGGUGUACUUGACUUCAGCACCCCCAAGUGAAGGCCAGUGACUGCAGGGUGAAGAAACCCCGAGAAAGAACGGAGAUCUCAGUUCGCAGCCGCCGAAGGAAUCCGUUUUGACCCCACAAAUCCCAGGGGAAGGCAACUGGACGCUCCGCGCCCCCUUAAAAGCGGGGCACCCUCGCUUCCAGCCUAAACCGUGGCGAGUCAAGAGUCCUGGCGAAGCGCGCUCCGGCUCCCGCGAAAUCUUUGUGCUGGAGUAAAUGACGUCGCUAGAUCUUCUCUGACGAGCCGCCGGCCUCCUGUUUCGUUUCGCGGCGGAGGAUUUUAACACGGCGACCCAUCUGGAACGGGAACCUGCAGCUUCCAACCGAAAAGGGGAGGAGUGAUGCUGCGGCACCCUCAUGCUUGGAAAGAAGAGCGGCCGUUGUGGCCUCAGGGACGCCCCUCUGCUCAAGCCAGCCAGCCACCCUUCGGGCGGGAAAUAAAACCGAACGCUAGAACAUGGCGGCUCCCCUUUUCGCCUCAGUCCUCUCCCUUUUUACGGCUCUGCGCAUGCGCCGCUCAGAGUUGCCGUAUCCCUCCGCCGAUCUCUCCCCUUUUUCUCCCCCCCUUUUGUCAAGGCCCGUUAGGCCAUAAACUAAUCCCGUACCACAACUGUUGAAAAAAAAGCGCGGAUCAAACUCUUCUCAGGCCCGUAGUCCGAUGGCGGGAGGUGAGAGGAGCCGCCGUUAAGGAACCGAACCGCUGAGUCCCUCCCCCCUCGGCCUCUCCUUCCUUCCUUCCUUCCUUCCUCGCAGGCCGCUUCACCGACGCGAGCGGCCGCCGUGUCCUUCCGCCGGGCGCGCGCGGGGGGACUUUUUUGUGGGGCUUUUGGGCGCCUAUGAGAAGCGGCGGAGGCCUUGGGCGCCCCUGCUUGGCGUUCUCGCGGGCGGCGGCAGCCAGGCGCGGGCCAGCACGAUGUCCCUAGUAGAUUUGGGAAAGAAGCUUUUAGAAGCUGCACGAGCUGGACAAGAUGACGAAGUUCGGAUUUUGAUGGCAAAUGGAGCACCUUUUACCACAGACUGGUUGGGAACAUCUCCACUUCAUCUAGCAGCACAGUACGGGCACUACUCAACCACUGAAGUGUUACUUCGAGCAGGUGUAAGUCGGGAUGCCAGGACCAAAGUGGACAGAACUCCAUUGCAUAUGGCUGCUUCUGAAGGCCAUGCGAGCAUAGUGGAAGUUUUACUUAAGCAUGGUGCUGAUGUUAAUGCAAAGGACAUGCUGAAGAUGACAGCACUUCAUUGGGCUACGGAACACAAUCAUCAAGAAGUAGUCGAACUCUUAAUAAAAUAUGGAGCAGACGUCCACACGCAAAGUAAAUUUUGCAAAACAGCAUUAGAUAUUGCUGUAGACAAUGGAUAUGAUGACCUGGCAGAAAUAUUACAGAUUGCAAUGCAGAACCAAAUCAACACCAAUCCAGAAAGUCCUGACACUGUGACGAUACACGCAGCAACACCGCAGUUCAUCAUUGGACCUGGCGGGGUGGUAAACCUAACAGGUCUGGUAUCUUCUGCCAAUACAUCACGUGCAACAGAUGACACAGGAGUAUCUGCUGUCCAGUUUGGUAAUUCCUCAACUUCAGUAUUGGCGACUUUGGCUGCCUUAGCAGAAGCGUCAGCUCCACUAUCCAAUUCAUCAGAAACACCAGUUGUGGCUACAGAGGAAGUAGUGACUGCAGAAUCAGUGGAUGGUGCAAUUCAGCAAGUUGUCAGCUCUGGUGGUCAGCAGGUUAUUACCAUAGUAACGGAUGGCAUUCAGCUCGGAAACCUCCAUUCCAUUCCAACCAGUGGAAUGGGUCAACCUAUUAUUGUGACCAUGCCAGAUGGCCAACAAGUACUUACAGUACCAGCAACAGACAUUGCUGAAGAAACGGUGAUCAGCGAAGAGCCACCACUCAAGAGGCAAUGCAUUGAGAUAGUUGAAAAUCGGGUGGAGUCUGCAGAAAUAGAAGAAAGAGAAACUUUACAGAAACAGCUGGAUGAGGCCAACCGGGAGGCGCAGAAGUAUCGUCAGCAGUUACUAAAGAAAGAGCAGGAGGCAGAGGCCUAUCGGCAGAAAUUGGAGGCAAUGACCCGCCUUCAGACUAACAAAGAAGCUGUUUGAAUGGCUUGAAGGGAGCAUUUUGAAAAGCCAGUUAAGAAAACCCGCAGUACCAUCUGGACCUGUCUGCCACAGUAAUUACAGACCCAGGAAUUAUGCACGAGAGAAGAUGCUACGGGUUUGAAACUGGACUUAAAAAGCCAUGCGUUCUGAUGAAAUUCUUGUAUCAUAAAAAACCAAACUCACUCAAAUUUACACAU